UGGGAAGGCGACGCUGACAGUUGGGCAGGAUGUCGGCGAGGAGGCGCAUCGGGGACCCUGAGGUGAGGGCUCGGCCCCUGCGGGGAGCCCCGGGAGACCCCGUCGCCCCUCUGCUCCCCCCCUCACGAAGCCCAAAACGGGGUGUGGUGUAGGGGGGGGUCGCCCUUCGUUUUUGGGGUCCCCCACCGACGACCCCCCCUGAAGCCCAGCUAUGGCGCCUUUUCUCCCUCCUUGGUGGGGGCCUCUCUCCCUCAAACACCACCUUAUCCCUCUUUUUUGGGGGGGGGGGGUUUGAGGUCCUCAUUUUAGGCGGGGUCCCCUCUGUGUUUUAAUGUUUUAAUGUUGGAUUUUUACAUAGCUUGCAUUUUAAUUCUUUGGUUCUUUGCUGUUUCUAUUAACCCCCGCAGUUUUUAAUAAAUGUUAUAAUACCAACCUACUACUACUACUACUAAUAAUAAUAUCAAUAAUGUUCUAUUUUAAUCUUGUUUUUAAGUUGUAUUCAUUCAACUUGUUUUUAUUCUUGCUUGUUAGACACCCUGAGCCCGGCCUUGGCUGGGGAGGGCGGGGUAUAAAUAAAAUUUAUUAUUAUUAUUAUUAGUAGUAGUAGUAGUAGUAGUAGUAUCUCAAGCAACACUGGACCUGCAUAAGAAAAAGAAGAGUAGCCUUUCUUUCUUUCUUUCUUUCUCUCUCUCACAUAUUAAUGUCACAUGCCGCCCUUGGAUUUUGUAAUUUGGGGCGGGCUCCCCAAAGAGGCUGCUCUCCCCACACACACUUUUUGGGGGGGGAAGGGGUGGGGCAAAGAUUUUUCACGCUCUUUCUUUUUUGGGGGUUCCCAAUAAGCCCUGGAUUUGAGUCCCUAGGGAGCCCCUACCAUAGACUCUUUCAUUGCGGGAGGGGGUCUAUUAUUGUCUUAUUCUCCUUUUUAUUCUGUGUUUCUAUGUUGUGUUUUUAUGCUGUGAAUCCGCCUUCGAGCUUCAGAUGAAAAGUAUACAAAUUUAAUAGGAUAAAAUAAAAAUGGUUUUUUUGGGGGGUGGCGGGGGGGUUGUUUCCCUCAACCUAGGCUUCCCAAAGGGGACUAGAGACAUUUGCGGAAGGGGAGAGGUCUUCUUGUAGCCAUUAGCCGCUCGGGCUGUAUGGAACUUCCACAGUCAGGAGCAGUAUACCUUCCAGGAGCAGUUGCUAGGAGACAAACUUGCGAGCUUCUCAGAAGCAUCCUGUUGGCUGGUACAGGAAGGAGGGUGCUAGACCUAUUGUAUCCAGCAGGGCUGCUGUAAUAUCUUGUCUUAGGUGUCUGAAUUGCACAUUUGCUGCUGCUGCUGCUGCCACCCUCAUUCUGAUUUUUAAAAAACAGGUUUCGGAAAGAAAGCUCUGGCUUUCUCAUAUUGAUGCUUCCUGCUUCCGCUGAUGUGGAAGGCAGGUACCAAAUCAUGGUACUGUUUAAAUUUCCUGCUGUUAUCCUGGUGAUGCCAACUGAAUGUGAGAGCCAGUGGGAUAUGGGAGACUGGAUUUGAGUUCCAGCCGAGGAUUUGGGGAAGAAUUUUCUCUGUCAUUUUCUCUGGCUAGAGAUAUCAUACUUGUAACUCACUGUGAUUGAUGGAGGCUUACUAGGUUGACCAUGUUGGUGGGUAGGUAGUCAUAACGCAUAGUACAUGAUUGUUGCAUCCUUUUAACUGAGCUCUUGUCUUGGCUUUGGGUUUCCCUUUGCCCUGCAUGGUCUCUCCACCUCAUAUUGGUGAUUUAAUUGAUGGAUGUUGAAAUUGCUUUAUGAAUGGCAUCUUCUAGAAAAGAGUUAUCUAACUCUGGUGGGAAACCUGUGGCCCUCCAGAUGUUGUUGCACUGCAGCUCCCUCCAUCCCUGACCAUUGAUUGGCCAGACUGGCUGGGGCUGAUGGGAGUUGUCCAGUAUCAUUUGGAGAGCCACAGGUUCCCUGACUCUGCAGUGACUUUGGAGGGUCAGGACUGAGAUGGCAGUGGGCUGGUGGCAAAGUCCUGCUGAAAUAUUGUUCUACCCAAACAACUGCUUUCAUUCGUUAUGUUGUCAGACAUAACUAAAUUAAUGAUUGGUUGUGACACUCUGUUCAGAAGGGAGGCUGCAGCUCGUUGGUGGAGCGCAUGAUGCUUUGAAUGCAGAACAUCACUGGUUCAAUCUCUAGCAGCUCCAAGCAGGCCUGGGGAAAACUCUGUUGUGAAUGUAUAUCAGAAUUCUUGCUUCUCUGGGCUGCUGCAGAGUUUUGGGUAGGAACCUGUGGUGAUACGGUGUGGUGUGUGUGUGUGCAUGAAAGAGAGAAGCAAUGACGCAAAUACCUUGCCAACCUACCUCAUUGUGAGGAGGAGAGAGAGUAGUUUAAAACCAUUUAUUUGAUUCAAUAAUUGCCAUUUUAACAGGAUCGUGUGAAUGGACCUUUGAGGCAGUUGUAUAUAAUACGGCAUUGCCAGUCGGACAAGUGAACAAGGCUGCAAAGCUACUGGGUGCCUCUUUGUACAGGCACCAAUAACUUUUAUGCUAGCUCCUAGGAAUCUGGGUUAUUUUUUCAGCCCUACACUUUUGCUGAAAGUUGAUAGGAAUCAAACUGAAGAGAAUCAUUUCCAGGGCAUGUAAUUGCCUGAGCUCAAGCCACAAUAUCUGUGUGCUGUCUGGCAGUCGACAGUUCUGUGCUGAUAUCUAUUUUCCCUAGCAGGCCGUGAGUCCAUUUGGAACCAGGAGAUCAAAUAACCCAGCCACUCUGGGCCAUCCAGUGCUGCUCUGACUGAGUGGUAGUUUGAACACCACCUAGCCAGGAUCAGCAGUCUUCAAGCCCCCUAUUCAAAAGAAUGAAGCUCAGUAUGAUUAGUUAAAGUAGGCUUGCUAACUCCCCAGUGCACAGCAUGAAGACAAGGCCCUGCUGUUCCUGAGGGCCUGUUAAAACCACUACCCUGUGUCAGUCUGGCAUUACUGGAAGCAACAGGACAGCUGGGUUGUUAGAUCAUCUCCUCAUCCUAAUUUCCCUGAGGUGCACUGGGAGUCUCGGGGGUCACAUUGGAUCACUGUGACCUGUAGUCCUGCAUGGCGCAUGGACAUUGUGGAGUGGGCCUACAAUAAUAAGACUUGUUUUUCCUUUCUCCCAGACCAAGGGGAGGAGAAAGGACCAGCUUAAUAAACUCCUAUAGUAAGGAUGGAUGGCAUAUUUAGUACAGUGGUACCUCGGGUUAAGUACUUAAUCCGUUCUGGAGGUCCAUUCUUAACCUGAAACUGUUCUUAACCUGAAUCACCACUGUAGCUAAUGGGGCCUGCUGCUGCCACCGCGCCACCGGAGCACAAUUUCUGUUUUCAUCCUGAAGCAAAGUUCUUAACCCGAGGUACUUUUUCUGGGUUAGCGGAGUCUGUAACCUGAAGUGUCUGUAACCUGAAGUGUAUGUAACCCAAGGUACCACUGUAAAUAAAUAAAAAGGAUCCCCUUGGUUAAACUCAGCGAAUGAAGUGGAAGUAAAGCUGUUAGAGUAGGGGUAAUAAAUGUGUAGCGUUCGUAGAGGCUGGAAGAAGAAAUAAAGUUUGUGUUGUGAUAAAAUGUGGUCUUAUGCCAUUUGCCUCUUUGCAUAUCUUAGUAUAUUGGCUCUUGGGUUUAGGACCACUACUGCCCAAAUUUUCUUUCUACACUCUUGUUUCAACAAUUAUGUGCACAUCUCAUCUGGCAUUCCAGUUCUUCACUCCAUACUUGGGAUACCUGUUGUGUAUACUGAAGGUUUCUCUCUUUCCUUUUUUUCUUUCAAAAACACAACAGUUUUUGACCAAAAGGAUCCCACAGAAUCCUAAAUACCAGCAUGUAAAAACUCGUCUUGACACAGGUAAGUGAACAUCUCUCUGCUUGGAUAGAAAUGUAUAAAUCAGAGAAAAGUGAGACAGAAACCUUGCUACGUCCAAUCCGUGGAAUUUUUUUCCUAUAUCCUGGAGGUUGUUACCUUUCAAGGGUUGUGGGCUGUGAUGUCAGAUCAUGAGGUAAUAAUGUGCUUUUGUGACUUAGAUCUCAGAGUAAACUUAGUACAAGCUAUUAGAAAGUCAGCACAUUUGAUAAUCGUGUUAGAGAAGGCUUGUAAACAUAAGUAUUUGGUCACCUAUGAUGAAUAAGAAUUGCCAUGAGGCAAUCAGGAGUGGAAGUAUUAGAAAAGUUGGUUCUUUAUUUCAUUUCAGCCCUACUUAUUUAAGAGGAUUGUUGCAAGAGUCAGAUGGGACAGGUGAAAACACGUUUGCCACCCUGAGCUCUUUGGAAGAAGAGCAGGACUAAAAUGCAAUAAAUAAAAUAUAUAUUUCAAGCCUCACAGACCUAGCAUUAACUAUUUUUGGAUGCCUAUGAUUUUCCAGCCCUACUAAUCCACAUUAAGGAUUAUGAGCAUAGGAUUAAUUUAGAAUAAACAGGUGAGGUGAGGCCUUGGUAACAGUUAAGAUUUCUCCCAACAUUUCCCCAACAUUUCUAUUGCUGUAGAAUGAAUUAAUCACACAUCUUCGGUGGGAAAGGAUGCAUCAUUGGGUGUAUGUUCUCUUGUAGGUAGCAGUAUGACCAAAUACACUGAAAAACUGGAAGAGAUCAAAAGAAGUGAGUAACAUCACAACCACCACUUAGACUUCUGUAAUCCACUCACUCAGACCCACAGAUCGAGCUUUGGGGGGGGGGGGGCAAUGCAGGAUAACUUGUUGUAGUGGGUUUAGCACUUUGAGGCUCUGCCAUGUGACUUGGGAUUGUUUCCACCCAAGCAGGGGGCAGGGGUCCUGGAAUUAACACGUUGUUGGCAUCUUUGCAAUUGCUGUCAUGUAUGAUCUGGCUGAGAUUCCUACAUUGCAGGGAGUUGGGUUAGAUGACCCUCAGGGUCCCUUGUUGUUGGUGUUUAGUCGUUUAGUCGUGUCCGACUCUUCGUGACCCCCUGGACCAGAGCACACCAGGCCCUCCUGUCUUCCACUGCCUCCCGCAGUUUGGUCAAACUCAUGCUGGUCGCUUCGAGAACACUGUCCCACCAUCUCGUCCUCUGUCGUCCCCUUCUCCUUGUGCUCUCCAUCUUUCCCAACAUCAAGGUCUUUUCCAGGGAGUCUUCUCUUCUCCUGAGGUGGCCAAAGUCUUGGAACCUCAGCUUCAGGAUCUGUCCUUCCAGUGAGCACUCGGGGCUGAUUUCCUUCAGAAUGGAGAGGUUUGAUCUUCUUGCAGUCCAUGGGGCUCUCCAGAGUCUCCUCCAGCACCAGAAUUCAAAAGCAUCAAUUCUUUGGCGAUCAGCCUUCUUUAUGGUCCAGCUCUCACUUCCAUACAUCACUACUGGGAAAACCAUAGCUUGAACUAUAUGGGCCUUUGUUGGCAAGGUGAUGUCUCUGCUUUUAAGGGUCCCUUAGAACUCUACAAUUCUAUGAUUCUGAGAUCUCCCGCAACCCAAAUUCAAAGCAUCUCUGUUCAGGGAAAGUCACGUUCAGGGAUUAAUCUUCACCAAAGUGUGCCUAUGUCACCGCGUGCAUUUUCAGAACAUCAUUGUGCAAAAAUGGGGACUGGAAGCUUUCCAAAACGAAUGCUAAGAUUCUCAGCUUAAUUAAUUCUGAGAACUGUUUUUUUAAGCUUUGUACAGUUCCAGUAGCAAGUCACAUUACAUACUUAGAAUACAAAGGGAUUUCAAGUGUAUUUUUCAAAAACAGAACUGUUUUGGCUUUUCCUCACUCUGCACUCCUUUUUUUAGUUGCAAUUGCUUUGGUCAACUAGAAAUGAAGUUACUUUGUUCCACAACAUUCUUUUGUUCAGAGAUUGCUUUUGAGUACUGAAAUCUUAGCAGCGGUCUCGUUGUAUCACGGCUACAAAACUUGUUGUGUUUCUGUCCCUUUCUUCCUCUGCACUCCCUGUUGUGCAAACCCGAGUGCCUCUUUUGUGUCAGACUCUUUUUUUCUCUUUAAAUCCCACUUCAAGAAGCUUAGAUGCAGGUACCCUCUCACUGGGCCGGUGGUGAAUAGCACCUUGUGUGGUUCAGAUAAUUUGCUAACCAUCUUUGAUUUCUCAUGGAUAGACGACACCAGUUGGACACAGGCUUAAAUGCCUGGUACAGUGUUGCCUCUGUCUCUUCUGUAACUUGAGAAAAAGAGCUACGAGGCUAGAAAAUCAAAACUGAGAAGCCAGCAGGUGUAGUCCUCAUUUGCCUAUCUAGUGGACACGGGUGAGAAACAAACCACCUAGUUUUCUUCUCAUUGUAAAUCUUGUUUUGCUGCUCCUGAGGAGUUCUAGACUCUUCUGAACAGUCGUACUUUGGUUGUCUCUGAAUCUUUGCUUCAAGAUGUCUGGAACCUUAAAGGGACCUUCUGAAUUAGCUCCAGGUAUGUUGUGCUGAUGUUGUGGGACAAAGUGGCUCUGUUAAUUUUCUCUUCUAUCUGAUGCCCCUAACUGCUUUGGGCCACAGCUCCCUGCUGGCUGGUGCUGAUGGGAGCUGUAGAUUUUCUUCUCUUCCCUUAAGGAGAGCCAGUGUGGUGUAGUGGUUAAGAGUGGUAGAUUCGUAAUCUGGGGAACCGGGUUCGCUUCCCCGCUCCUCCACAUGCAGCUGCUGGGUGACCUUGGGCUAGUCACACUUCUUUGAAGUCUCUCAGCCUCACUCACCUCACAGAGUGUUUGUUGUGGGGAAGGAAGGGAGAGGAGAAUGUUGGCCGCUUUGAGACUCCUUUGGGUAGUGAUAAAGCGGGAUAUCAAAUCCAAACUCUUCUUCUUAAGGACAGCAAAUUGUUGGAUAUCCAUAUCCAUCCUUUUUAUAAUGCCCCUGGACCAGGGCUGGCAGGGAAAAUAAUAAAUAAAUAUUUACUUCGUGGCAGGUGGUGCUAAGAUUGUUUCAUUUAAGGUGUUGGUAGCUAAAAAGCAAAGUUCAGUCAUGCUCAGUUUAGCAGCGUCUUGUAUAUGGUGACCUGAUGAAUAUCCAUGGAGUGGUUGUGAUCCUUGUCUUGCUUUCUCACGUCAUUCAGAGUUGUAUGUCGGCUUGUGCUUCAGUGUGCUCAGUCCUCUGCUUGUUAGCUCAGUGUGGGCUCGAUUGCAUGAAGUAAUUGGUGCUGCUGAUUUGAGAAAGGGCUUUCUUUGGUUAGAAGGAGGUCUUAUCAUAGGUGACCUUUUGGAUCCCACCUCCAACCCUCUGUGAAGGCAGCAAUAGAUAGUGCAGGGCUGAGGAACCUGUCACCCUCCAGAUGAUGAUGAUGGCAUGCAACUCCCACCAGACCCAGCCAGCAUGGCUAGUGAUCAGGGAUAUGAAGGGAGUCCAAUAAUGUAUGGCAGGCCACAGAUUUCCCCACCCUUGAGAGAGGGAAUUGGCCUGGGAAUUGGGUGAAUCUUUAGUUGGGUAGAUCUGAGGGGUUUGGGCUCUGUUCCCUGCACAAUCCCGUUCAAGGUGGUAGGGAGUGAGAUUAGAUUUCGUUCUAAGAUGAGGUUACCAGAUUUUUUUUUAAUGAAUCCUGGGACACCUUUCAACUUCCUACUAAAUAGAUGGGUUUUGUCAUGGGACUGAUUUGUAAAUCUGGGGACUGUCCCCGGGAAACGGGGACAUCUGGUAACCUUUUUCUAAGAACGGUUCAUAAGUUUUCGUACAUCCUUUGAAGAAGAGCGGAAUGCAAGUAUAAUACAUGGAACUAAUGCAAUGGUGCUGCCAAAGUUUUCUCAUAGAUUACACCUCUUCACUGUUUUCCAGAUUACAGAUACAAGAAAGAUGAGCUCUUCAAGAGACUGAAAGUGACUACUUUUGCCCAGCUGGUAUGUUCUGUCCUUAAACUGCAUUUUUCCUGAAGUGUCCCACUGUAUUCACAGUAGUUCGAAUGCUUCUCAUAAGCUCCUAUUGUCCCCUGCUCCCACCCCAGCUCUUGUAUAACAGACGAUCAUAUCUGUGAGCUCGCCAUACUUCUGCAAAUGAGACUUCCAUCGUUUAAUAUCCUGGACAACCAGCAGGAUUCAAGGGUUCUUGGGCCCCUCAGGUGUCAACCCUGAUACUAAACUAUAAUAUGUGAAGCAGAAAUAAAGAUGCCUCGAUAUAACCCUCGGGGUCCCUUCAUGCUCUGCAGUUCUGUGAUUCCAUGAAAACUCACACUAGGGUUGGCCUUCCUCUGGACCGAUGCUGCUUCCUGAGUCCCAGAAAAACCCUUUUACUGAGCUGCUUUUGAUCAUGUCCUUGCCUCAAUCCACAGGUGACCCAGGUUGCUUCCCUAGCUGAUGAAAACUCAGAAGUACCAUGUGAGGAAAUUCAAAAGUUUGAUGGUAAGGUCCGGGGCUUCUAAGAAAUUACUUUUUUUAAGCUUCUUGGAAAUGGUAGAAGUGUAGGCAUAAAGUCCUGCCUUGUAACUUUGUGCCAGUGGUCCAUUUUGUCUGGCGCUGGCUACUUGGUUUCCCCCAACCUAUGACCUGAGAUCCUGUUUUAGUAUCAAACCUGGGAUGUGCUGCUUAUAUAAAGCAUGUCCUCUGCCGCUGGGCUAUGGCCUUUCCCUACACAGAGGUCUUCUUACUACUUUUUUUCCUUAUUUAAGGAACUGUUUGGAUUCUUAUGUGACAAAGUAAGCACUUGUUAAAAGUUAAAAGAUUGUCCCAGAGAUAGAUGCGUGCCAGAAGUGGCUAUGGUGGGCAUUGUGUCUUGUCAUCAGCGAUGUCACAAACACUGUCCAGUGGGUGCUGGUUCUGUUCCUAGCAGGAGGCUUUGGGAUUUGGCAAGUGCCGCUUGAAACAUUACAGACAAGUCCUGAAAAAUUGGUUUCCUGUGAGCGAAUGAAUGCAAAUAUAAUCAUGUGCUACAAGAGGAGAAGAGCACUUCUGCGUCUCUGGAAAGCUUAUUGUCCAUACAGUCUAGAGGCUUUGGAAAUAGCCUCUAUCUCAUCGUCUACAGCAGAAUUCCAGCCUAACUUAUCCCUGCACUUACCCUGACUCCUCAGACUAAAGUCUGUUAUUACCAAAUUUCUGUCUGUAUUAUUUUUCUCAUUUUGUACACCACUGAGAGAUUUAAAGGUCGUAAGAGAUUCAGAAAUGCUUUUAGAUAAAUAUCUUUUUCAAUGAAAUAUCUGCCUUCUCCCCACCCCUGUUUCAGAAGGCGAUGCUGCUCCUGCAGAUAACAGCCCUGACAUGGCGGCAGAGACCAAUGGCAAAAGCAGCCCUGGUGACAAACCAGCCAGUCCCAUCCUGUUCAUAAACAACACCGGAGCCGGGGAGUCGUAUCGUUCCACCCUACAGAGGUAUCCAAGAGUCUGUCUCUGUGCUCGGGCUUCCUCCCUUCCACCUGCCAUGAUUCCUUUUGCUCCCUGCAAAGACGGGUUUGGAAAAAAUCAGUGAUGCAAUUUGAUGAAUACUAAUAGAUGAGACUCCAAAAGCAACACAUGGUAUUCCAAACCAUGCCUUAGCUUGGCUUAAAAUGCUGAAGCAGGUCCAUUGGCAUGUUUGAUAGCCUUUCCAAAAAGUUGGAUGAGACUUGAUGAGUCAAGCUUCCACGAGAAAGGAGUUGGAAAGCAAGGAACUGUGAUCAUAGAAGCCUCCCUCCUUGUCCUAGCGGGGCACCCAUGUCCUUUUCUACCAAUGACCAUUAGCCAUCACCUAAAUGGAAUCUCAGAAAGCAGCAUACCUUCAUACCAGCUGCUGGGGACAAACAGCAGGAGGAGGGCUACUGCUUUCCUGCCCUGCUUGUGAACUUCUCACAAGCAUUGGGGAGUGUUCAGUGGGCGAAGUUGGGAAGCCUAGUGGGUCACAUUUGGCCCACGGGCCAGAUGUUCCCCACCCCUGGACUAGCUGGGCAUUGUCCUGAUAUUUAAAGGUAAAGGGACCCCGACCAUUAGGUCCGGUCGUGGCUGACUCUGGGGUUGCGGCGCUCAUCUCGCUUUAUUGACCGAGGGAGCUGGCGUACAGCUUCCAGGUCAUGUGGCCAGCAUGACUAAGCCGCUUCUGGAAAACCAGAGCAGCGCACAGAAACACCGUUUACCUUCCUGCCGGAGCGGUAGCUACUUAUCUACUUGCACUGGUGUGCUUUCAAACUGCUAGGUUGGCAGGAGCAGGGACUGAGCAACGGGAGCUCACCCCGUCGCGGGGAUUCAAACCGCUGACCUUCUGAUCGACAAGUCCUAGGCUCUGUGGUUUAACCCACAGCGCCACCCACGUCCCUGUCCUUAUAUUUAACCUCACCUUUUCCCAUUAAGUUCAAGGAAUCAUUCUAUGUCAAGAACCCUGCAGAGUAGGUUAGGGUAUCUUCAGAUGCUCUUAGUCAUCAGCACCAGGAGCAGAACCUCCCCCUGUGAUCUUAAGGGGUUACAGGAUUCAUCACCUAGGAAACUGGCUGGAUUGCUGUCUGUUCUGAACUCAGAGGGCAGUGUCUGUCUGUCACUGAAUUGCUGGCUCGUUUGAUCAGCUUCCGCCUGGCACUGAUAACCACAGAAACAUACUAUUUUGACCUGGCAGGCUGACGGCGGUCCUUAUUGUGCCUUUAUCCUGAAGUUAAUGGCUCCUCUUUCUCCCAGUGUCAUCAGUGGCGUGGGUGAGCUGGACCUGGGGAGAGAUGCCCCGAAGAAAACGGAAAACUUUGCAAAAGACAGACCUUACCCCGACUGCCCCUACCUGCUGCUGGACGUGCGAGAGCGGGAUGCGUUUGAGCAGUGCCACAUAGUGGGAGGUGAGGCAGCCAGAGCGUGACCCCAGGAGGUUGCGUGAGUGGGGGUGCACCAUAAGCAUCCUCCCCUCCCCCUUGCAGAGGUUAAUCACCUUUAGAGAAAACCAGAAUGGACAAAGCAGCCUCCCAACUGCAGAGAACAUUGUGGAGGUGUCCAGCUUGCUCUGAAGGCAAGAGCUGCUUCCAGUAUCCCAACUUACAUCUGCUGAUGCCUUUCGACUCCCCCUGGUGUCAGAUGGCGGUGGUGGUUGCUCGUGAGUAACCAGGCAGGACUCCGACCUGGCUUUUACGGGUUUUAUUAUGCAAACUAUUUACAGUCCAGAUCUACCAAGCUUAUGUCCGUCUCAGUCACUUGCAGAAUCCGGGAGUGACCCCUUCCGUCUUCUCCCCCAACAUAAGAACUUCAGCACCCCAAGCCUCCUCCUCCCCUCCUUGCGUUUCACCCCUCUGCGCAAGCUGGGUGACGGAUGUGGCGUGCGUCCCUCCCGGCCAGCCUGGCAAGGUGAAGCGCUGGGGCUCUCAGCAACAUCCUCCAGCCCUUUCCUCGCUUAGUUGGCCCCUUCCCUCUCUUCUCCGCUGGAGGUAUGGCUUUUCCUACCGCUGGAAGAGGAACUGCUCCUCAGGAGUUUCGGAGGCUCUCUGUAUCCCUGCCUCCCUCCCCUGUUCAGAUGGCAGUCCCCUGACACCUGGCUUCCUAAAAAGAGCUCCAAGAACUUCAGGCUGUUUUCUAGCUCAGGAGAAGGCAAUGAGCAACUGACUCCCCAAUCACCACUGCAUGAAUUCAGUCUGUGAAGUGGUCACCAAAGUGAUAAUACACUAUUUUAUUUAUAUAAUCAGUUUGUAUACUGCCCUUCAUCCACAGAUCUCAGAGCAGAGUGAUAAUUUUGUGUACCUGACAAAGUGGACUCUGGCCCACAAAGCAUAACAAUAACAUUCAUUCAUUUGUUCGUUCGUUCAUUUAUUUGCUGCCCAUCUGACUGGGUUGCCCCAGCCACUCUGGGCAUCUCCCAACAAAAAUAGUAAAAACAUAAUACAACAGCUGACACUAAAAACUUACUUGAACAGGGCUGCCUUCAGAUGUCUUUUAAAAAUCACAAAAAGCUGUUUAAAGAUUAACAAAGUGCCACAGGAUUCUGAGUCAUUUGUGCUGUCCACAAGUAACAGGCUUCCUCCUCUGGGAUUUGCUAUCUGCAAACACUGAGCCUUGCUUAGAAGCAACUCUGUAAGACUGGGGGUCCUACCACACUCCUUGGUACCAGAGGUGACCACAUCAGGAAAGGAGGGGGUACAAAUGCAGUCCAAGCUGCAAGUCUGUCUCCUAAGCUUGGCCUCCUCCCUCAGUAGGAGAAGGCAUCCUGGAAGAGGUAUUUGGCCCAUCUGCUUCAGCAGCAGAUCUGUACAACUGGCACAUGUAUGUUGGAGUUCCACCCUCCCAGUUUCAGUCCCAGUGAGAGAAAGAAAGCAGGGCUUCUGCUGAGCUUUGUGGGAAAAAAAGAAAUUCACUGGUGUGAUCAGCCUUUUCUCUUUCCCUCCCCUUUCCCAUUUCUGAGCACAAUUCAAAGUGUUGGUGCUGACCUUUAAAGCCCUAAACGGCCUCGGUCCAGUAUACCUGAAGGAGCAUCUCCACCCCCAUCGUUCUGCCCGGACACUGAGGUCCAGCGCCAAGGGCCUUCUGGCAGUUACCUCGCUGCGAGAAGCCAAGUUACGGAACCAGGCAGAGGGCCUUCUCGGUGGUGGCACCUGUCCUGUGGAACAGCCUCCCACCAGAUGUCAAAGAGAACAACAACUACCAGACUUUUAGAAGACAUCUGAAGGCAGCCCUGUUCAGGGAAGCUUUUAAUGUUUAAUAGGUUAUUGUAUUUUAGUGUUUUGUUGGAAGCCGCCCAGAGUGGCUGGGGAAACCCAGCCAGAUGGGUGGGGUAUAAAUAAUAAAUUACCGUAUUUUUCACUCUAUAACACGCACAUAGUUUUUAGAGGAGGAAAACAAGAAAAAAAAAUAUUCUAAACGAAACAGUGGAUGUAUGAUUUUUGUGGUUCAUGCUGUGGCCACAGACAUGUGAUCUGACGGUGAGUUUGGGGUGGGGUAGCCCAUUGCAAAAAUCCUGAGGAUCCAUGUGGAUCCAUGCUUUGUAACCAUGUUUUUGCACCAUUGCGGCCCCAUGAAACUGUGGGUGUGGGUGUGUGUUUUUGGUACAGGCUGUAGCCAUGGACAUUCUAUGUGAUCUGAUGGUGAAUUUGGGGUGACCCAGUGCAAAAAUCCUGAGGAUCCAUGCUUUGUAACCACGUUUUAAGUGGGGAGGGAAGGAAAAGCACUCAAGGGACAAGGAGCACGCGUGGGGUGUGUGGAGAAGGAUGCUGCUAAUAAUGCAGGAGAGGGGUUUAAGGGGAGAAGGAACACACGUGGGGUGUGUGGAGAAGGAUGCUGCUAAUAAUGCAGGAGAGGGGUUUAAGGGGAGAAGGAACACGCGUGGGGUGUGUGGAGAAGGAUGCUGCUAAUGAUGCAGGAGAGGGGUAUAAGGGGAGAAGGCUCCUCUCCUCUCCCGCUUUGCUCCUUUAAAACAAGCAGGCUCUGCUUCUCGGCUGGCUGAAAAGCUUUGCUGCUAUUUAGCGAGCUGAGUGGGGAGGAGAGAGGGACAGAGAGCACGGUUGAUUUAAAGGAGCCAACCAGACAGGAGCUGCUUACACUCGUGUAAGCGGCUCCUCUCCUCUCCCACUUUGCUCCUUUAAAACAAGCAGGCUCUGCUUCUCUCCCUCCUCCCCAGUUCGGCUCGCUGAAAAGCUUUGCUGCUAUUUAGCGAGCUGAAUGGGGAGGAGAGAGGGACAGAGAGCACGGUUGAUUUAAAGGAGCCAACCAGACAGGAGCCGCUUACACCUGUGUAAGCGGCUCCUCUCCUGCUUUGCUGUUUCAAAGCGAGCCACGGAGGAGGGAAGGAAGGGGAACCAUGGAUCCUCUGCUCACGACUGCAGCAGAUCCCCUCCGCCACCCGCAGGCAUUCGCUCCAUAACACGCACAGACAUUUCCCCUUACUUUCUAGGAGGAAAAAAGUGAGUGUUGUGGAGAGAAAAAUACGGUAUUAUUAUUAAUAUUAUUCCCUGUCUUAGCUAGUGAACCGAGAGGAAAAAAUGGUCAAGGUGUCUUCUCACACUGGGGUUCUUCGCCUAGCACUGCUGCUCUUGCUUGGAAGUGGACGGAAGUGCUAAGCCUCUGCUCUGGCUUCUUUUGUCCAGCAUUGUCCUACCUUAAGAGCUAGAGAACCACCCUCCCACCUCCAAAUGGAUGCUCACGAUUCCAAUAUGAUUUUUUUGGUGUGUGUAUGUGCUUUUUAAGCUGUAGAAAAUGAGAACAGGCCUACUGAGUUUCUGUCUUUCUCUUCCCUUUGCAGCUUACUCCUACCCAAUCGCCACGCUAUCCAGAACCAUGAAUCCCUAUACGAAUAACAUUUUGGAAUACGUAUCCUUCAUCCAAAGAAGCCUCUUCGUGUUCUGCCAUUAUUUCUGCUUCAAAUGCACAGCUUGAUCAGGAGCCCUGACCCCACAGGAAGCGACGCUCACAGUCCCGUAACGUUCCCUUUGAGGAAAGCUCAGUUCUGUGCUCAGAUCCACUUGAUCAUCAUAUUUUGCUGCUUUCCCCACAGUAUGUCUUCCAGAUCCAUGUUUCCUUUGCAUAUGUGGGUCUAGAACCCCAUGGGGAUCAAAGCAGAUGGGGAAAACUUCAGGGAUCUGAAGGGUGGAGAGAGAUGUAAUAUUGGGGCUCCAGGAUGCCUGCUUGCAGUGUGACUUAGGCAUAAGCCAAUGUCUAAUAUGUGGAGCUUUUGCUACCCCCACCUCCUCCUACUUACCAGUCUAUGAUCCUUCCUCUCCACAACAUCCCCUGACAUGCACCCUCUCACACCAUUAAGGAGAGGAGAUGUGGGUGGCGCUGUGGGUUAAACCACAGAGCCUAGGACUUGCCGAUCAGAAGGUCGGCGGUUUGAAUCCCUGCAAUGGGUGAGCUCCCGUUGCUCGGUCCCAGCUCCUGCCAACCUAGCAGUUCGAAAGCACGUCAAAGUGCAAGUAGAUAAAUAGGUACCGCUCCGGCGGGAAGGUAAACGGUGUUUCUGUGCGCUGCUCUGGUUCUCCAGAAGCGGCUUAGUCAUGCUGGCCACAUGACCCGGAAGCUGUACGCCGGCUCCCUUGGCCUUUAGAGUGAGAUGAGCACCGCAACCCCAGAGUCGGUCACGACUGGACCUAACGGUCAGGGUCCCUUUACCUUAUAAUAAACUAUCCAUCUUCUUUCCUCCCAAUCCUAUUCCUUACCCCCAGGACUAAAAGGAGACACAGUCUAUCUCUCCUCAUUUAAAAUGUCCAGGGAUGUUACCUAACUUAGCUCACUUCCGAAUACAGAAUUUGAGUUUUAAUGUGUUUUGAUGGAGUCGAGAGCUGUUGCUUGCCCGUCUUUCACAGCAACCGAAUGUUGAGGCUACUGACCUCGGUUUCUCUUGAGAGAAAGUGUUGACGCUUGUGUCCAAAUCUCACUUCUCAAAGCCUAGGUGCCCCUCAUCUGCCUUUGGAGUGAGCUGUCAGGCACUGCUACCUUGACAUCCCUAAAUGCUUGGGGAUGGGGGGACUUUGCCAGCAUCUUGUUCUCUUCCCACUUCCAUUGAUUGUACAAGCCUUAGCAUCUCCGCCCGCCAGAAAAACGCUCAUGGAAAGAUCAUCAUUCUGUACGACGACGACGAGAGAGUAGCGAGCCAAGCUGCCACCACCAUGUGUGAAAGGGGUUUUGAAAACUUGUUCAUGCUCUCUGGAGGUAGGAAGCCCUGGAAUUUCCUGGAUAAUUACCUGCUAGUUUCAGAUAUCAGAUCCAUUCUCCCUCCCCUCCAGCCCUCACACACCGAGGCCACUUUGUAAUGUGAUCUCUAGUGAACUGACAUGCAUUGCAUAUAGUACAGUGAUGUGCCCUGGUGGCUAUGCUUGCACACGAACGUGCCUAAAGAGCUAAAUUUCUGGAAAGAUCAAACCAGUUUAAUAGGCUUGGCUAAUUAGGUCAAAAACACAUGCCAAAGUUGCCCCAAAUCCUGCUUUUGUGACCUAUCUGGUUAUGCAAAUCAUCAAGCACACUUUGCAUAUAUCUGGAUUUCUCUUUUAAAAGAGCUGCGCAUAGCACAUUAGCCCUGAACACAGAAACCUCAUUUCGUCCCUGCUUCCUCAGUGUUUCAAUGAACUGUAAUUUUUUUUCACCAUAUUCCCUUGCCCUGCAGGGCAAAGAGAGAGAGAGAAAUGUGCACUGCCUCCAUUUCCAGUGCUAAAUGUGUAAUGGACUAUGCCGAUAUAGGCAGAGGCUUCAUUCUAAAUCAGCCUUUAGCCCGUUCAGAGUAACAUCGGAAGGUGUCGAGCCGGACUGAUAUGUCAGAAUCUCCUCCUUCCUUGCCUCCCAGGUCUCAGAGUCGUCGCUCAGAAGAUCCCCGAAGGGCUGGUAACUGGCACAUUCCCUUCCUCUUGCCUAUCGGCCAGCCAGCCUGGGACCGCCCGGAAAAGAGCCACUCCUAGGCAGCCCCUCCCCCCGCCCGCUGAGAAUAAAUGGAGAUUUACAGCAGAGGAUCUACAAAAGAUACAGUACUAUCUAGAAGAGGAGCAACUUCCGACAGAUUCCGCCAGUAAGACUUAGCUGUCUGUCUCCUACAGCUGGGGUUGUCACCUUUGGUCAGGCAAAAUAUGGAGCAAGUCCGGGGGGGGGGAUGGGAUGGGAUGGGGAACUAAAAUUACUCUCCCUGGCUCUCCCUGGUGCAGAAAUGACUUCAGAGCAAUCCAUUAUAAUGGGUUGUUUCCAAUGCUAGUCAUACUCAUAGAAUAGACCAAAUGAAAUUUACGGACCUAAGUUAGCAAAUGCAUAUUAAUUUCAGUGACUCACUUCCUUCCCACCUGCUGAAUUUCUUUCUGUCAGAAAGAAUGGUAAAUGUAAAACUUCUGAAUUACUGCUCUGGUGUUUCUUAAAACACUCAAAAAAACUUGCAGUCAGUAAAACAUACAAGCUAAGAACAUCUGUUAAAACCAAAAUAAUAAUAAUAAUAAUAAUAAUAGUAAUAAUAAUAAUUUAUUAUUUAUACCCCUCCCAUCUGGCUGGGUUUCCCCAGCCACUCUGGGCAGCUACCAACAAAACACUAAAAUACAAUAACCUAUUAUACAUUAAAAGCUUCCCUAAACGGCUGCCUUCAGAUGUCUUCUAAAAGUUUGGUAGUUAUUUUUCUCUUUGACAUCUGGUGGGAGGGCAUUCCACAAGGAGGGCGCCACUACCGAGAAGGCCCUCUGCCUGGUUCCCUGUAACUUGGCUUCUCGCAGUGAGGGAACCGCCAGAAGGCCCUCGGAGCUGGACCUCAGUGUCCAGGCAGAACGAUGGGGGUGGAGACGCUCCUUCAGGUAUACAGGGCCGAGGCCGUUUAGGGCUUGAAAGGUCAGCACCAACACUUUGAAUUGUGCUCGGAGAUGUACUGGGAGCCAAUGCAGAUCUCUCAGAACCGGUGUUAUAUGGUCUUGGCGGCCGCUCUCAGUCACCAGUCUAGCUGCUGCAUACAGCAAUUCAAUACAGCAAUUCAAUAUAUAUAUCAUCACAGUUAAGUUAUUAUUUAGGUUACAGGAUCAACAUAAGCCCCCAAAAGACAGAUUCCGGCCCUGAGAAGCUUACAGCCUAAGUUUUAACACUGAGUGGAGCAAAGAGGUUCAGGGGCAAAAGAGGGAAAAGGACCCAGGACUGGAUGUGUCCCAAGCUGUGCCUUGCUGGUGGUGGUAGGAAACGGGCUGGGUUGCUUAGCCAGAGGCCAGCUUGCCUUGCUCACCCUCCUGUUCUUCUUCCUCUCUUACAGCCCGUCUUAGCCGCGGUUCUUCAGCUCGAGACUCCAAAGCCACCGCCGUGCGGAGCAGCCAGAAUCUGCCCACCACCACCACAGCGGUGGCCCUCUCCACCCGCUCCCUCAGCAGCAGCAGCCUGCAAAGCAGGCCCUGGAGAUAGACGGUGUCGUUUCCCACUCAAUAAAAGAGAGUCCCUCUUCCUGGGGCCCUUUGAUCACUACAGCCAGUCUUUCGCUUUUAGGAAGGUGGUGCGCACGGGACAGAGAGGGGCAGAGGAGCAAAGGUGGGCAAGGUAUGGAAUAGGAGAGGGGGAGACGCCACAGGCCAAGGACCUUUGGAGCGGAAAAGAAGCCCAGGGUGGGAAGGAAGCAGGCUAACCUUAUCUAAACCUCCCAGCUGGUGUUUGUCAUUGCCUCCCCCCACCCCUAAAGGUAACGGGAUUUCCUAACUGCUGGUACGUGAGAACAUGUCAACCAGAGCAAUCCAAAAAUGUGACUGGACUUUGAGCAGAAAUGGAGCAAAAUGAGCAAAGUUAGCAGUAAGCAAAGUUAGUUAAGUGCUUGAGUUAUAAUAUCUAGACAUUUGUGGUACAGCCAGGUGAUGAAUGGGUGAUCUGAGUGUUUAAUUUGUGGCCUGCCCAGAGUUCUUUGUCGUCGUCCCAAAAAUACUCUUAAGAACAGCAGUUGUACAUAAAAGGGAAAACGUAACUCCUCCGCUUCCUGGAUUUUCAGAGCCAUAAACCUUGGCCGGCUAUUUUUCCUCUUGUGGCCAUUCCAGGCUAUGAUUGUGAAUAUGAUUGUGAAUAUGUGGGCAGCACAGAGGGAAAGUUCCUUCCCCUAACGUUGAAGGAUAACUUUGGGGACCAGAUCAUGAAAGAUGCUGGAAAUAAGAUGCAAGGGAUAGAAGACAAAGCCGUUCCAUCACCUAGAUGAAAUCUCUUCUCUAUAAAACGUCCUGAUUUUGGGAGAGUAGCAGAAGUUGUGGUGGAGGGAGAAUGUAUCCGUCCCACUUCGUAAUUCCAUUGUUUGUUUGCCUCUGAAGGUGAUGCUGAGCAUCACAGUGGAGCGGUGUAAUUCCACCCCCUGUAGUUUUGAGGCCGCUCAUACCUCAAAAGGGCAGCGUUUCACAUACAGAUAGCUUCUGGCAAAUUUGCUUGGCUUGUUGCGUUGGCAGAAAGGGGAGUCCUUUUGACCCCUUUUCUCUCCUCUCCCCCUGUGACAUUUCCUUCAGUGCCAGAUCAGUUCUCCCUUCCACCUGUGGUUCAUCUUGCAGGAGGCGGAGAGGUCCUAGUGUUCCCCAGCCUUGGCUCUUAGGACAAGCUGGUUUCUUGUCGGUGUCAAAUAGAAACUGGAGCAAUUAUCUUUUGGCUCGCAGUCCUAAGCUAUGGUGCCAAUGGUCUGUGGCAUGGACAUCUCCGCUCCAGAGGUCAUGGGCAGCUUACUGCUGCAACUCUGAUCCUGCUUAGCUGCGUCGGAGCUUACAGCCUGCUCCUCCUAAGCCCCUUUGUUUUCCUCUCUCUCCUGACCCCAAAAGAGGAGCUGGGUCGCCUCUGUUUCUGCCAUGUGAACCAACUGGGGGUCUGUAAAAGCCACAAUCAAUGGUAUCCCAUGUUGGUCCCAGGAAGAGAGAGCUUCCCUUUUCCUGUUCCCGCUUGUUACAUACAGAAGGAAGGUUAGUGCUGGAAAUAUUCCCUUGAAAGAAUCCACGUGGGGACCAUAAAUGUACAAUCCGCUUUGAGCAAAGAUCCAAGAUUCCAGCUGCCUCCCGUUUUGCAGGCCUUUCCCAGGAGAAAAUCUGCCCAGAUUUUGAGUAUGCUGUUUUCCAGGUGCAGCUCAUCCCACAAGCUUUUUCCGUGGACGAAGAUGAUUCCAUUAGAUGUCCUAGGAGGCACAGUCUUCCCUGGAGACUCUCCAUCCCUACCAUUUAAAGCACUAAAUUGUAGAAUUGUCUCUGCCGCAUCAGUUGCAUUUGUAGACCCCAUAUGGAUACGGCUGUGUGUGGUUCCUCAUGCAGGCGAGGGCUGCUGUCUCCUUUUUAAUUUGACACUUUGGCCUUGUUUCCGUCCUUCAACUUUUCCCAUAUGGCACUGUCAUAAAAUAGCCCUGGAUCAGUCUCCCCCAACCUGGUGCCCUCCAGAUGUUUUGGAACCAUAGCUCCCAUCAUCCUUGACCCCUGGCCAAGUCAGCUGGGGCUGAUGGGAGCAGAAAGUUCCAAAACAUUUGGGUAACAUCAGGAUCUAUUUCUUCUCAAGUUGCGACUGCAGCCGUCAACUCUACAAGCUAGUUGUAUCCCUAGUGGCAUUUAAACCCCUGUCUGCAUUCUUAAGCCCCUGUAAGCAACAUUACAGCAUCUCGGUUUCGCCCUGUACAAGGGAUCUCUAAUCUUAGAAGCAAUGAUCUCGCUAGGGGUUCCAUGUGGUACACAUGGGUUCCACUCACACACAUUUUUCUUCACCUCCAAUUUGAAAAGCUACUCUUUGGGGCUUUUCUUUUUAUACAGAUUUUUAAAGAGCUCUAUUUUUAUAUGAAACGAACUUUGCAAGGUCACAAAAAGUGACCACCAACCCCCGUAGCAACUAAUGAGUAUGGCAUUCAUCAGCCACCUGGCUCUCUCUGGGUUUUUCCUGCCUUUGCUUGUUCCUUGCCUUAGCUUUAACAGUAGCCUGGAAUUGCUCCUCCUCUGUAGACUGGGGGGUGUUAAGACAGGCAUCAGAGCGUUUCACUCCUCAGCUGUUUGUUGGACGUCAUCUGCAAUAUCCUUAAGCUAUUGUGGACAUCUUGCUGAGCAGUUCUCCCAUUUGAUUUUUGUUCCUUUUGAGCGAUCAUCUUGAGUAAAACUGAUUGUCAAAGGGCAGCUGCUAUUAAACAGGGUGGGGUCCAAGAAUUGGGGGUGAAUAUUCUGUCUGGCGUCUGGGUCAGUCUGCAGUGUUGCCAGAGCCCUUCAGCUAAGCUCGUUUGCCUUAUGUAAGCAAGUCACAGAAGUCUUCUGUGCUUCCUCUUCCCCAUAUCUAUCCUGAACCCUGCCUCGCCUGGCAGUGAUUUCCUGACCAUUUGAAAUGAGUUGUAUUUAAAUAUCACGUAUUUAUUAUAAAUGGGGAGACUGCUGGUGGGUUGACGUUUGCCCUUGGCAUAUGUGUUGCUCCCUCUUGGUCUGCAGUGAUCAUCUCUUUUUUGCACAGAAGACUGAUUGAGCUUUGUAGCGUUUUCCCUUUCCUUCCAUCUGCUUUUUUAUUGGCUGGCAGUUCUUAGUCCUUUUUAAAACAAAAACCAAAAGCUGGAGCCUAUGGACACUGCCUGCUGCCUAAGGAAUUCUGGAAAUGGUACAAGUGAGUUAAGCAUUUCUAGUAAACCUUUGCCAAAGUGCAAUGUUCAGGAUUCCUGGGGAAACCCAGGAAGGCACACUGGUUUGAGACCAAGUAAGUGUUUUUACAAGAAAUGCAGGUACUACAUUUUUUUUCUUUUUCUUAAACCCAAAUACCAUUUUGUGCAACUGCAUCAAAAGUCUGUUUAGUCAACAAACUACUUGAUUCCCCUGAGCAUUAGAUCAGAACCUCAGUUUCAUCAAGCAGAUGUUCCUUCAGUGUUGGAUGCUUGUGUGUCUUUUUGUCCCAGUUUUGUUUCCGUUCCCCCAAGACUUGAGCUUUCUGGACCUGGACUUCCAAAUGCCAUCUUGUGUAUCAGAAAGGCAAUCACAUUCUGAAGAAGAGCCUCUCUUAAUCCUUGCACUGGAAGAAGAGCAGCUCAACAUUGCUUUGAUCCUCUUAUUGGCUUUGUGGAUUUUGUAUAUUUUGCUCAUUAGGUUAAUAAUGUCAAAUGGUUUGGCCAGUCCUGCUUUUUAUGACGGGUGGAUUAGAUAUUUCUGUGUAUAGUUUUGCCUCUUACUUUGUUUCCGGCUCAAUAAAAUAAGAACCGUCCACC